AUGCAUUUUUAUCUACCAAACUCAACGAAAACCUUAAGGCUUCCAAAUUCAAACCAAAUCAAAUGUUAUUAUUGGAUUGUAAUCAUAUUCCAAUUUUUUUCAAUAGAAUUGGCUGCUGUAUAUGAAGGUUUAUCACGGAUCAGAAAUGAUGAAAUUGGAGUUACAAUUGCUUAUGGAUUACAUUGGUCUUGUUAUGGAAUAUUACAUGCCUUAAUUACAGUUACUUUAUUUUAUUAUGGUUCAACAUUAAUUAAAAUGACGCAAAAAAGCUUUAUACUAUCAGGUGUUAUACCUGACGGAAGUCGAGAAAACAAUGUACAAUUACGUUUCUUUGGCGCUAGUAAUGAAAAUUCUGAUCCGAGCGAAAUUACUAUGAAACAUUUAAAAUUAAUAAAAAAUCUUCGAAAAAUGCGUAUCUUUAGUUAUACCUUAACGGGUUGCUUCUUCAUGUGCACAAUUUCUUUAUUUGCAAUGGCAGUAAUGGGUUAUAAACUAUUUGAGAUCACUCUAUUAUCUCAAUUAUAUUAUGCUCUUUGUAGUAUAGGGGUUCCUUUGGCUUGUAUCGGUAUAAAUUUUUGCAUUAUACAAGCAGAAAUCCAUCCAUCUGGUUUGAUAGAUACAAUAGCAGACUUAUCUAGUUACUACCAUAGUCAAUCUGAAUCUAAUAGUAAAUUGGCUGCUGUAUAUGAAGGUUUAUCACGGAUCAGAAAUGAUGAAAUUGGAGUUACAAUUGCUUAUGGAUUACAUUGGUCUUGUUAUGGAAUAUUACAUGCCUUAAUUACAGUUACUUUAUUUUAUUAUGGUUCAACAUUAAUUAAAAUGACGCAAAAAAGCUUUAUACUAUCAGGUGUUAUACCUGACGGAAGUCGAGAAAACAAUGUACAAUUACGUUUCUUUGGCGCUAGUAAUGAAAAUUCUGAUCCGAGCGAAAUUACUAUGAAACAUUUAAAAUUAAUAAAAAAUCUUCGAAAAGUCAAAUAA